AUGGUGGUCCACAUCAGUGCUGAACUGUUCGGCGGUUUCGACUACAACACCCUCGCCGCGGUUGCUGCCACGACCGCCACUGCAUAUGCUGUCAAGGUCUUCGCUGGCGGCAAGAAGUGCACCUGGGAGCGAGAAUGGGCUGGAAAGCUCAUCAUGAUUGCAGCAGCUCCGACACCCACAACCCUCGCGCUCAUUGACCACCUCUUGCAACUUCCGUCCCCACCCCAAAUCCUCUACCUCCCACCAUACGAGUCUCCCCUUCCUGAAGCCCUCCUGACGCUCAUGCACGCCAUGCGUCUGAGUACCACCAACCCCCUCGCCCAACUUCACUGCGAGCCUCUUCCCCGAACGCCAACAGGCGUGCGCGAGUUUGUGCGCAAAUGGGCCUCCCCCUUGAGAGGUACUGCCGGCGAAGGCGGCCGCCGUGUCGACGCGAUUGUUCUGGGUGGAGCCUGGGAGUGUGACGACGGAACGACGCGGAAACGCGACAUCGAGCUGGAGAAAUGGGAGGAUCCCGAGUGGACGACGCAGCAGUUCCAUUUCCACCUGAUCACCGCCCUGCUCCCGAGCUUGUUGCGCGCACCUCCAGAGCGCAACAUUAGGAUCAUUCAGCUCGUGUCGCCCGCGUGGUCGGCCGCUUUGCCUGGUAUCCAAGCCGAGUUGGAGAACAAGCCGUACAAGGCCAAGGCUGGGCUGUUGCCAGCCGCAGGGCGUCGCGGCGUGAUCAGCCUGAGCUUCCAGGAACAGCUCAAGCUCAUUCUCGACACGCUUGCCAGUGCCACUUAUGGCAAGGCCGAGGUCGUCCCCGACCCGAACGCUACUGUCGAAGACGGCGCAGAAGUCACCGUGACGAAGAAGCGCGACGAGAGCAUCCAGUCAAACAUCCUCUCCCUGUCUGUCGUCAUGCCUUGGGCUAGGGACGAGGUCGUGCGGCCGGUCUGGGGUGCUGGCUCAAUGAUCAAGUGGAUCUUGUACCUCCUUCUCCUCCCCAUCGUCCUCAUCCUCACUCGCGGCCCAGCCAAGGCCAUCCAGCCUAUCCUUUUUGCGCUUUCCGCCCCGGUCAAGUUUCCUGGCGACGUCGACGACGACCUCAGCCAGGGUAACAAAAACGCGGCGCGGUCUGCCGAUGAGGCCGAGGAACGCGAGAAGCGCUUGGUGGAGAGCGGCAAGUCGUCUCGCCCAGAGAAGGACGACUUGGAGCCCCGUCGUGCUGGCGUGAGGCAAGGUGAUGUGGUGCGGGACUGUGCCGUUAUCGACGUCCCGCCAGUUCUGCAUGACCCUCUCCUCGCUCGCGCGACGUACGAGAAACUCGAGAAACAGGUCGAGCUCGGCGUCAAGGCCAGCGAAGCCCGCGCCAAGGCGUUCCCUCGCCCUAUCCCUGCUGCCACCAAGGAAGAGGACGGGCCGCCUCGUGAGACCAAGGUCAAGUUUGCCGAGCCUAGCAAGGAAGAGUUGGAUCGUGCAGCGGAGGAGAAGACAGAGUAG